GCAUGAACCUGAAAAAUAUGAAGCCUUACAGGAGGAGAAAAAUUGAAGAAGACUCCUCUUCUAGAUACAGUUCUAUCACCCUAAGUCCUUCUCCUAGGAACAAAAGGGAUGGUUUUCUGGAAUACUUCCACAAACUACUCAACAAUGAUAAUAAAGUUGCAAAAAAGCCUAGCAUGACCAUCAUCAACGAGAUAUUCAACUUUGACAAAGACAAGAAGAAGUUAUUUUCAUUAUCUAAGCAUUUCUUUUAUAAUAAAGACCACACUCAGGAUAAGGAAGAGAAGCACAAGAAGUUCCUGGAGUUCCAUCUAAAAUUAGAAACUGCUCUUGAGGAGCAGAAGGAAAGAUUCAAUAGACUUCACAAAGAUAGGAUAAUCAACAAAGCUAAGAGAAUAGCUAACUCCAAACUUAAACUGAAGAAGAAAUGUGAUAUACCUCUCACUGAUGAAGUAAUGAUCAACCUAGGACAAGCUGAGAAAAGUCACCCAGAACUUCCAAAACCGAGAGAGAGGAAAUAACAGGAGUGUGAAUUACUCUCACAAUCAUAAAUUCCCACAACUAAAGCUAGAUGAAUCUGUACUAGUCCUACCAGAGGAAUCGAUGAGCAAGCUAGCUUAUAUCCAAGAAGAAAGUAGACCGAAAAGGUCUCGGAGAUAUCCCAGAAGUGUGAAUAUAACUAUGAAGAAACAUGCUUAUCCCCAAAGGGAGAUCUCUCAAGAAGAUAUGGACAGAGUGCUAGACUCACUGAGGAUUAAGUCCACUCAAGAGGAAAUACCAACUGAGGAUAUUGCAGUUAACAAGAAUAAAAUUCUUAAGUGGGACAGUAUGCAAGAAUUAUUAAGAAAAGAGCAUGACCAAAGAGUUCUCCAAGCUUUGAUCACCCAAGGAAAAAUCCAGGCUGAAGAGGAAGUGUACCUCAAAGGUGUAAAAGUGGACAAGGCAAUUUGUGAAAUUACAGAAGAAAACCAAAAAUUCUUCAAAUUCUACCUCAACAAAUUCAGUAUCGACUCCAACAAGCUCAAUCCUUUCAUUACUCCCCCUUCAGGUCUCUCACGCAAGAAUGGGCCCAAAAGGAAAUAAGCCCAAAAGAGUCAAGAAGAAAAGUAUCAGUAGAUAUCCCAUACUCCCAAAAAUGAACUUGAAGAGUAAUGACCUGGGCUGGUGGGCAAGGCUGGGUUUCAAGCUGGGGGCUAGGCGUUUUGGGAUUUUGAAGAAUUAGCAUGGGUAGUUGGG